AUGGUGUUCAAGAAGAUAUUUAAACGUCUUCCAUCAAUUCCUAAAUACGUGUUCUCAGAUUUGGGGAAGGAAUUUGUCAACAAAAAAUUACAAGAAUUCUUCAAGUCAAAAAAUGUGAUCUGCAACACAUAUAUAAAAGAUUUGCAGCAUAUCGUUUCAAACUACAACAAUACCAAGCAUCGGUCAACAGGGUUCAGCCCGAACAGUAUUAAUUCAGAAAAUCAAUUCAUGGUAUUUAGAAACUUAUACAAAGAUUUGUUGGAAAACCCUCCCAAAGAAUCAGAACCCAAGUUCAAAGUAAAUCAAAAAGUUCGGUGGAGCCUUGUGAAGCCUGUUUUUGAAAAAGGUUAUUUUCCACGAUGGUCAUUGGAAAUUGGACAUAUUGCUGAGAUCAAGCAAACUGAUCCGAUUACAUACGUCGUUUUAGAUGCUAACAACGAGUCUGAAUAUAUUAUGAACAAGAGUUGCUUCCCGUACAAGAGGAAUCAGAAAAAGGAGACGGAAGCGUUUCGUCAAGUACAACAGCCUAGUAAAAUAACGGUCAAAAACGUUUCUCCGGAGAUGUAA